AUGUGUACGACAUGCAACGAUGGGUAUUUUGGUAGUGCAUGUGUUAAUCUUUGUGGCCAUUGUCUGGAUGGUGGUCCUUGUAAUAAAGUAAACGGAAAUUGUGAUUUGGGCUGUGAUUCGCAUUGGACCGGUGAACAAUGUAACAAAACAACGGGUGUCUGUUCUAACGGAUGUCAGCCAGGAUGGACAGGUGGUCUUUGUGAUGUUUGCGAUAAAGGUUAUGCUGGUCCGAAAUGUACUAAAUGUGGUCGUUGCUUCAAUGGUGAACCAUGCAAAAUAAUGAAUACAACUACGUAG